CGUCAGUGCUGCAGACCUCAGCUGGAACCUCACACGAGUUGUGCAUGUCUAGAGUUUGACAAUCAGACAAUCAGUGUUUGAUUCCUUUGAGGCAAAGGGACAUUUUAAAAAACUUCCUCUUCAGGAACUUGGCGCAGCUGCCUUCACGCUUGUUUUUCCUCCAGCUCCUUAUUUUAAUAUUUUCUAAGAUGACCUGGACGUUGAGCAGCUGCUUUGUGACCCUGGCCAUCCUGUGUCUGUGGCGGGUGGAGGAAGGAGCAGAAGCCUGUAGCUGCUCCCCGGCUCAUCCCCAGCAGGCUCUCUGCAGCUCGGAUGUCGUUAUCAGGGCAAAGAUAGUUGGAUCGCAGCAGAUUGAAGUUGGCAACAAUAUCUAUGGAUAUCCCAUCACACAGAUCCAGUAUGACGUCAAACAGCUCAAGAUGUUCAAAGGUCCGAGCGAGCCGAUCGAAGCCAUCUACACCGCCUCCUCCUCCGCAUUGUGUGGGGUGAAUCUGAAGACUGAUGGCGAAGAGUACCUGAUCACAGGUCGACUGGAGAGUGACGGGAAGAUGCACGUCACACUGUGCCAAUUCAUUGAGCCCUGGGAUGCCCUGACUCCCACCCAGAGGAAGAGCCUGACCGAGCGCUAUUCAAUGGGCUGCGAAUGCAAGAUCACCCGCUGCACCUCCGUCCCCUGCACGGUCAGCGGCCCAGCCGAGUGCCUGUGGACGGACUGGCUAACUGAGACACUGGUCUACGGAGAGCAGGCCAAACACUACGCUUGCAUCAAGAGGAGCGAUGACUCUUGUGCCUGGUACAGAGGAUCCGCGCCGCCCAAAAAGGAUUUCCUGGACAUCGAGGAUCCUUAAAUCCACCACUGUCCUACAUGGUCUGAGGAUGUCCACAGUUUGAACAAAGGUUUAAAUGCCACAAGAAAGCUGCAGGGUGUGUACUCUGGUCAGAUUGGGGGGAAAUAAUGUAAUGGAUUAUUUUAGUUGCAGGACUCAUUCGUUGUUUUGUUUUUUUUCUUAUCGAUCAGUCUUAUGAAUUCAGCACUUUCUGAUGCUUCUACCCCAAACUCUAAAGCACUUCCUCAUAAACCACUUCUCCCUCUGCUGAAAUAAAGGGAUAAUCAUCACAGCUUAAGGUUACUCUUUGCUGUCCUUUUGAUUUUUUUUGCACUAGUAAUUUCUUGUUACUAGUUUUCAUUUCCUGUUUUAACCAAAGGAACUUUUGAUUUUAUAAUGAAACUCAUACAUACAAACAUAGCUAAAACUCAGUGUACUAAUUCUGUGAGUCUCUGUGUUGGUUAAUAACAUGAACUGAUAAUCGUCAGCCGAGCUACCACGGAGUUAAUGACAUCCUUUGCCUCUCGUAUUCUUCAUGUGCUAAUUAUAUGCAAAUAUUUUGGCUUUUGUUUUUUUAAGGUGUGGGAAAUCUGUUUAGAAUAAAAGAGUGGCAUGUUACUGCCUGUGCACUCGAUAAAAGCUUUGGAUAUUGUUUUUCUUUUUUAACAAUCCUGAAAAGACAAGAAUGCACUUUGAACACAAUGAUCACAGCAGUCAUAUCGUCUCUUGUCUGGAAAAAAAGAGGAUUGAAUCCUCCUUUUUGUAUGAUGUAUUUUGUUUUUUUAAUAUUACAGCUCUUCUCUUAAUGCUUUGGUAAUUGUAAGAACAUAUUUUAUUUAAGAAGAUAUUGUGAUUCAACCAUGUAUUCAAAAGAAAAACCCUUAUUUUGAUACUUUAAAAAAAUAUAGACAAAUGACACAGAAGACAGUUUAUUUUAACAGUUUCUUUCAAAAUACACAAAGUUUGAAAGACGUCAAAUUGUUGGCCUUACUGUUUACGGGCUUAUCCUGUUGGGCACUGAAUUCAAGAACACAUUCCAACCAAGUAUUCGUUUUAUUUGAGAGUCAUGGGAAUGAACAUAAACGUGUAUAACGGAUGAUAAGUGACUUUAUAAAUUAACGAGUGUGAAAAAACAAUCUUGAUUGGAAUCUGUAGUGAAGUAUGAUGAUGUCUUGUGCUGGUUUCACAUGGGACUUUUGAUAUGAGAUGAGUUUUGCAUGCAUGUCUGACUGAGUUAAUACUGUACAUUUGACUUUUUUAUUAAAUCCCAAACCCUGUUAUAA